UCGACAGGAGUGCCACCUCGGCGCAAAACAGCGAUAAGUCAGGGUUGUUGGUCCAAUCAUAUGAUUGAAAAAUCUCCGUCAGACCGAAACAUAAAUAAAGCUAUUUUACAGCCCGCAAUGAGCAACAGAAACAGCGAAAAGGAGGCCGCUGGUCAGCUGCUGGAUGACUUGUAUCUGGACAUGUUCCACCUUGUCGAGGAGCACACCCAGUGUCGGGUUAAUUUGGAGCAACGCAACGCCAGUGGGUCGAUUCUCCUGGCCCGCACUAGAUUUCAGCACGGAGGCAGCCAUUGCGUUUCCACCGCCCAGAUUCCCACGGAGAACAGUGCCGAGUUCAACGCCCUUUGUCGGGUCGUGGACUCCACGGAUGGCGUCUCUAUCGAGCGACAGGCGGUGGACAAGUCCAAGGGCUUCGUGGAGCCCCUUCACUGGUUCUCGGUUCUGCCACCGAUGAGCUUGCGCAAUGCUGUGUCCAAGUUCAAGGAUUGCGUAGAGUUGGUUGCCGAGAGCACUAAUCUGCAGCGACAGCUUGCAGUAGCGCUUGAUUGGAUCACAAAGCUGCGCAGGAGUACUUUGCUGAACUAGAUACUUGUGGCUUACACACAAUCCAUACAAUGUUAAGAAUAAAGUAGAUUUCAAAACCUUAUUGAAACAGCACUCACUGACUCUAACAAAAGAUACGAGGAAUUAUUGUUGAUCUAUCUUAAACGUCAAUUUCAUAAUUACCUGACAUAUGAUCCCACCUCAUUUCCAAAUAAAUAUAAAUGACGCCCAAAAAAAA